GUCUUCGAACAGAGAGAGCUUGCGGGAUCAGUUCGGCUCUGCAUUGUCUUAUUGCUCUCUGCUAAUCAAAAAUCGUCUUCUCAUACAUCCCAUGAGGAAUUGACCGUCAUCAUGGCGUCCGCAGCUAUGAACAGCAGCGAAGACCAAGAGAAAGUGAGGUUCCAGAUCGAACUCGAGUUCGUACAGUGCCUGGCAAAUCCGAACUACUUGAACUUCUUGGCCCAAAGGGGAUUCUUCAAGAAGAAAGCUUUCUGCAAUUACCUGAACUAUCUCCAAUACUGGAGCAAACCGGAAUAUGCCAAGUUCAUCAAAUACCCGAUGUGUCUGUAUUUCUUGGAGCUCCUCCAAUAUGAACAUUUCCGGCGAGAAAUCGCGAACGGCCAGUGUGCGAAAUUCAUCGAAGACCAACAGCUGCUGCAUUGGCAACAUUACACACGCAAAAGAGCGAGAUACAUGACAACCCUGUGAGUUCCGAUAGAGGAACGUGUUUUUUUUGUGGACUCCUGAUCGAGAAUAAAAAAAUGAAUGAAUAAAAAUAAAUAAUAAAUAA